AUGGCGUCGGCGAAGCUGCUCUACAUUGUGGUGGUUGACGACAACGCCUCCUCCUUCCGAUACACGCGCUCCCUCCUCCACAGCACCCUCCAGCUCAUGGGAUGCAAGCCACGCCACGCCUUCGAGAUCAGCCGCAGGGUGUUCGAUGUCAUCCGGGGUGACCACCAGGGCCAUGGCGACACGGCCGCCUCCGCCCGGGUGCAGAGGUACGAGGUCGCCGAAGCCACCCCGACCACAAGCCCCCGCCAGUUCCAGUUCGAGCUAUACAAGCGCCGGACCACCGUCCUCCUCCCAAGGGACCUCUUCCUCGACCUCGUCCUCGACGCCCUCGCCCUCUACAAGUACGUCGCCCCCAACCAGCGCGCCGAUCUCACGCUCGCCUGCAGGAUUCGUGAACGAAAGGAAUCUAUCACAGUUCUUCUUUGCGGAACUAGUGGCUGUGGCAAGUCUACUCUUUCUACGUUGCUGGGAAGCAGGUUAGGAAUUACAACUGUAGUUUCCACAGAUUCGAUACGUCACAUGAUGCGAAGCUUUGUUGAAGAGAAAGAAAAUCCUCUUCUCUGGGCAUCAACUUAUCAUGCAGGUGAAUGUCUUGACCCAGUAGCAGUUGCUGAAGCAAAAGCUAGGAGGAAAGCAAAAAAAAGCUCAGGCGUAUCAAGCAGCUCAAAUAUUGAUUAUGAGAAAAGUGGGUCUCUUACCGAAAAAGUUGAUGAGAAAUCAAUCGGGAAGAAGCAAAUGGCCAUUGAAGGUUAUAAAGCACAGAGCGAGAUGGUGAUUGAUAGUUUGGAUCGGUUAAUUACUGCGUGGGAAGAUAGGAAAGAAUCAGUUGUUGUCGAGGGUGUUCACUUAAGCCUUAAUUUUGUGAUGGGUCUAAUGAGGAAACAUCCUUCGAUAAUACCUUUCAUGAUCUACAUAUCUAAUGAGGGUAAGCACACAGAGAGGUUUGCUGUACGUGCAAAGUACAUGACACUUGACCCAACGAAAAAUAAGUAUGUUAAAUACAUUAGCAACAUUAGAACUAUCCAGGAGUACCUCUGCAGCAGAGCUGACAAGUACCUAGUUCCCAAGGUCAACAACACUAAUGUUGAUCGGAGUGUGGCUUCGAUCCAUGCCACUGUCUUUAGCUGCCUCCGUAGGCGAGGUAAUGGAGAUCAGUUAUACGAUUCUGAAGCAAAUACUGUUGCUAUUGUAAAUGAAGAGUACAAAAACCAAUGCGUGGCUAAUUCCAUGAGUUCCAAGGGGAUGUUCAAAUUGAUCCAACGGCUUGGAUCCUCAAGAAAGCUCAUGGCUAUCAUUAAUGUCGACGGUUCUGUUUCUAAGGCCUGGCCAGUUGAGUCCAGUGGAGGAGAUGGAAAAUGCAGUUCUGACAACAGUAAUAAGAAAUCUCUGGGGAAUCCAAUUUAUGGACCUCUAAAUAUUGGAAGAGCAGAGUCAGUGAAUCUUCAGUUUGGCACCUUUGGGAUAAGUGCCUGGCCUACUGAUACGGGCUGUACAAGUCAAGCUGGAAAUGCUGAUGAAUCAUUUACAAAUGCUGCUGAAGGUAGUAGCAGACAUGUACUAUCUUCAUCUGGUUCUCCAAAGAAGUCGGAUGGACAUUGUAAAGAGAUCAAAGAGCCACCAGCAGCAUAUGGCAGCGAUGAAGAAGAGGAAGAAGAAGCUGAUGUUCGGCCUAAUUCAGGAAGCGAUGAGGACCUAAGUGAAGAAGACAACAGGGAGAUCGAUGGGGAGAUGGAAGGAUCUGUUGACGAGGACUGCAACAGGUCUGAUGAGGAAUACGACGACCUGGCCAUGCGGGACAGUCUGGAGAACGGCUAUUUAACUGACGAUGGCGUCUUUCAUUCUGGUUUAAGCAAAUCUUCAAGCGGCAAGUUCUUUGGUAGCAAUCAGCGAAGCCACAGCAUGCCAAAGAAACACCAAGAAAGUGUUGGUGUUCCUGAGACAGCACGCUCUUCUUCUGCUGCAGUCCCUGCCGGUACAAGCAGCAAGCGGCAUGCCGCUAGAAAGUGGAAGCGCUCGCUGAGUGACUCAUUCCGUUCACGGCCACGGAGUGCCCCGGAAUUGGUGUCAGUAUGCAAGGGAUCACCGCCCGUGCCUGUGGCUCCAGAUGAGAGGUAG